CGGCUCACCCUGGUCCAGAUGACGCGGCUAUAAGGAGCGUAUCUAUACCAUCGUUGACACCGACAAUGGAGAAGAUAUAAAGACCACUGCUGUCUACGUGAGGCAGAAGAAAGAGGAUCGACAACCAGCUUCCCUUUCUCUCCUGCUACCAUCACCACCAUGCACUUCUCCAAGCUCUUUGCACUCAGUGCGGCCACUUUGGCCUUUGCUCACCCGGGUGAGAAGCAUGACAUGAAGGCCGUCAAGCGCGAAAUCCACCUUCGCGAUGCUUUGGCCGCCAGAGGCCAACAGGGUGUGAACGCUUGCUCCUCGUCUCAGGCUGCUCAGCAGGUUCAGCAGCGUAGCGUUGCUCGUCGUGCGCAGACUGCGAAUGAGCUGCGCUCUAAGCGCGGAAUUACCUCCGCUCCCCAAAAGUGGCGUCGUGACCUCGCGGCCCUCGAGAAGUGGGAAGCCAUCAACCACAACAAGACCGGCCUUGUGCACCACGGUCUCAACGCCGACGCCGAGAUCUUUGGCGCCAACACCAGCUCCAUCUUGACUCCUACCAUCACUGAUGGCCCUUACUAUGUCUGGGGCGAGGUUAUCCGCCAGAAUGUCAAGGAGGAGCAGUACUGCGACGGUGUCGAUGUCUACCUCGAAGUGCAGUACAUUGACGUGAACACCUGUCUUCCUGUUCAGGGAGCUCUGGUUGAUAUUUGGAACGCCAAUGCUACCGGUGUCUACAGUGGUAUCUCCACCAGCGGCAACUACGCUGCCGACGGUUGGGACUCGACCUACCUUCGCGGUAUCCAGGAGACCAACGAGGACGGAGUUGUGACCUUCAGCACCAUCUUCCCUGGCCACUACGACGGCCGCGCCACCCACACCCACCUCCUCACCCACCUGAACUCCACCAUCAAUCGCAACAACGGUACCCUGCAGGUCGGCACCGGUAGUGUCGCCCACAUCGGCCAGCUGUUCUGGAACGAGGUCCUCCGCUCCGCCGUCGAGGACACUUACCCUUACACCACCAACACCCAGGCUGUCACCACCAAUGCUGAUGAUAUGUGGAGCGUUCUCCAGGCGUCUUCCGCCUACGACCCCUUCCCCGAGUACAUCUACCUCGGUGACAGCCUCGAGGAUGGCUUGUUUGCGUGGAUCCAAAUCGGUAUCAACACCACGGCUGAUUACACCGAUAACUCCUACUACAGCAUUGCUGCGUACUACGAUGAGACUGGUGGCCACCAGAACACUGACAGCUCUGCUUUCGGUGGUGGUGGUGGUGGCUCGGGCUCCGGUGAUGCCAUGCCCUCUGGCUCUAUGAGCGGUGCGCCUUCUGGGUCCAUGGGUGCUGCUCCUACCCAAAGUGCUUAA